AUGGAGGAGAAGAGCAAACCCCCGGAACAUGGAGACUACUCAACAGGUUCCACCAACAGGUUCACCAGGUCCCCCACCGUCCCCCCACCCGUGGUUAAGGAGCCAAACUCGUGUGGAUUAGAUCCAAAGAAACCAAGACAGGCUUCCCCCUUCAAUUACCAUUAUGAUGUGAAAUACAAAACGGUCCCCAGCUGGAGACCAAACAUCGGGGCCAUCCCUCACGAGGACCCGGUUUUUUUGGAAAAAACGGGGGUUUUCGGGACCCGGUCCCCCACCCGUUCGGAAGUUGAGACCGGGGACCCACGGGUGGGAUAG